GCAUGAUUAUCCCGGCGCUCAGGCCAUGCUCUAUGGUGCUGGCGUGCCAAAUGAGGAGAUGAUGAAGAAUGCUCCUCAUGUCGGCAUUGCGACUGUGUGGUGGGAAGGGAAUCCUUGCAAGUAAGCCGUAUAUUUCUGUAAUAUAGUAGUGAUGAUUUACCACUUAUAAAUUGUUGACACUAUUGACCGUUGUUUGAAAUAGCACACAUCUCCUCGAAUUCGGCAAGAUCGUGAAGAAAGCUGUAGAGAAACAGAAGAUGUUGGCGUGGCAGUAUAAUGCCGUCGGUGUAUCAGAUGCUAUCACAAUGGGAGGCGAAGGCAUGAGAUUUUCUCUUCAGACUCGCGACCUUAUCGCCGAUAGCAUCGAAACUGUCACUUGCGCACAGCGCCACGAUGCUAACAUCGCGAUUCCCGGCUGUGAUAAGAACAUGCCAGGUGUCAUCAUGGCGGCAGCAAGACAUAACCGACCUUUCAUCAUGAUAUAUGGUGGGGCUAUCAGAAAAGGGUACUCGAAUCUUCUAGAGCGCGACGUGAACGUGUCUACGUGCUACGAAGCAUCAGGCGCUUUCGCGUAUGGCAGACUCCAAGCUAAGACGAAUGCUGGUACUGAGGGUCGAACGCCAAGUGACGUUAUGUCGGAUAUCGAACGCCAUGCUUGCCCGGGGGCUGGUGCGUGCGGUGGUAUGUAUACGGCGAAUACGAUGGCGACAGCUAUCGAAGCUAUGGGACUAACUCUUCCCGGAUCGUCGUCUUAUCCCGCACUGUCUCCCGAGAAGGCUCGCGAAUGCGAACGCGCGGCCGAAGUCAUCAAAGUAACGAUGCAAAAGGAUAUUCGCCCUAGGGAUCUUUUAACGAAAGAGUCGUUCGAGAAUGCUCUAGUCAUUACAAUGAUACUCGGAGGCUCGACUAAUGGUGUGUUGCAUUUCUUGGCUAUGGCGAACACAGCCGAGGUGCCGUUGGCUUUGGAGAACAUUGACAGGGUCAGCAACAAGACCCCAUUCCUAGCGGAUUUGGCACCUAGCGGGAAGUAUUUGAUGGAAGAUUUGUACAAGAUUGGCGGUACUCCAUCGGUAUUGAAGAUGCUGAUAGCAGCCGGUCUAAUCAAUGGGAAUAUCCCAACAGUGACCGGUCGCACCCUCGCUGAAAAUGUUGCUGACUGGCCCAGCUUGCCACCUGACCAAAAGAUCAUCCGCCCCCUCUCGGAUCCGAUUAAGGAAACAGGCCAUCUCCGUGUCUUGCGCGGGAAUUUUGCACCGGAAGGCGCAGUGGCCAAAAUCACUGGAAAGGAAGGGUUGAGCUUCACAGGAAAGGCUAGGGUAUUCAAUAAGGAACAUGAAUUGGAUGAUGCUCUUUCUCGGGGCGAGAUCCCACGAGACGAGAACCUGGUGCUUAUAGUUCGUUAUGAAGGUCCUAAAGGAGGACCGGGAAUGCCUGAACAGCUAAAAGCUUCGGCUGCGAUUAUGGGAGCUAGACUUAAGAAUAUUGCCCUUGUCACAGAUGGGAGGUAUAGCGGUGCCAGUCAUGGCUUUAUUGUCGGCCACGUCACUCCAGAAGCAGCAGUAGGCGGCCCUAUUGCGCUAGUAAAAGACGGAGAUACGAUCGUCAUCGACGCUGUCAAGAAUCGGAUUGACAUGGCGAAUGUUAGCGAGGAAGAGUUUAAAGAGAGGAGAAAGGCGUGGAAAGCUCCUCCAUUAAGGGUUAAGAGAGGUGUUCUGGCCAAGUACGCGAGAUUGGUUGGAGAUGCUAGCCAUGGUGCUGUCACUGACCAGUGGGAGGCCUAAAGAUUUCUAAAAUGUAGCGGGUCUAAAGAAG